AUGGCGAAAAUUAGGUACCACCAAUACCAAGUCGUCGGCCGACACGUGCCGACCGAUGCGCACCCCGAGCCGGAGGUGUUCCGCAUGAAGUUGUGGGCGCUCGAUGACGUCAAGGCGCGAUCGAAGUUCUGGUACUUCAUGUCUCGCCUCAAGAAGGUGAAGAAGGCGAACGGCCAAAUCAUCGCGUGCAACGAGAUCUUUGAGGCGGACACGACGACCGUGAAGAACUUCGGCAUCUGGAUCCGUUACCAGUCCCGCACGGGUUACCACAACUCGUAUAAGGAGUACCGCGAGACGACGAUGAACGCGGCGGUGGAUGCGCUCUACGAGGAAAUGGCUUCCCGCCACCGUGUGCGUGCUUCGUGCUUGCAAAUCAUUAAGAUUGCGGAGGUUGCCGACAAGGAUGUUCGCCGCGAGAACACGCGCCAGUUCAUUCAAGACGACUUGUCCUUCCCGGUCGUGACCAAGGUGACUCGUCACCCGAGCAAGGCCUCCAAGACGAUCAUCAAGUACAAGCGCCCCAACCACGUCACUCUUUGA